AUGCUGUACAAGUGCAUUAUAUGUAAAACAUCGAAAUCAACAUCUCAACCACUGCUUAAUAAAACUGCAUUUUGUGAAACAUGCAAAUGUUCGAGAAAAUUCUUCUAUGUCGCUUCCGAUGACGCUCCAUCAGCUGCAGUUGCAAAGUCAGAUUCUUCGUCUUCUGCUCCGAAACGCCCAUUUGAACUAGCUGCCAGUCUACCACAUAGAAAGAGUGAACCGCAAUCACGUGACAGAAGCCGUUCGCCCGCUUUAGAUCGACGCAGAUGUUCGGAAGUAGAUUUCGUUCGUCCACCAAGUUCUGCGACAUUUCGUCCUUGUGCUUAUUUUACGCUUUGUCUACGGUAUAUGCUUACAUUGGGAAUUUCGAAAGGACUUUUCAAUCGACAAUAUAAUCGAUGCUAUUGCGAAAACUGUUAUUCAAUAACUAGUAGAGAUUUCCUGGUAGAAGGAGGUUCGAAAUAUGUUAUUCCACGUGGAUGGGUUCGUUUUGGAUUGAUUGUUGAUCAGGCACAAGCAGCAGUAGAGGACAUUUGGAAUAAAUGGGUUGUAAGCUAUCAUGGUACGAAGCCGGAAGCAGCAAAAUCGAUUAUCGAACACCAUCAAUUUCUGAUUCCAGGAGACCGAACUAUUAGUGGAGAUAAAAUUCGUAUACCUAAUGGCCAUAUUCCAGACAAAUACGAAGUAUAUACAUCACCGACUAUUGCAUAUUCAGGGUGUGAUGUCUACAGCCGAUCGGUUCCUUUCCAAUCACCUUCAGGAAAAUUGUAUCAAGCCAAAAUUGUCCUUCAAUGUCGACAACAACCUCAAACGUAUACAAUUCAAUCGGAAACGAUUGGCGCAGGUGCCAAACGUAUAUGUCCAAUUAUUCCCAACAGUGAAAUUGAAUACUUUACUGUCAUGCGAGCAUCUAUUGUACCCUACGGUCUACUUGUUCGUGUGUUUGAAUGA